AUGCUCGCGCAUCGAUCGAUCCGCAAGUACACCCCCGAUCCGAUCCCGCAGGAGCACAUCAACGCCGCGAUGAUCGCCGGCCAAGCCGCCGCGACCUCCUCCGCCGUCCAGCCCUACUGCAUCCUCCACAUCACCGACAACGACAAACGACAACAGAUCGCCGACCUCGCCGGACCGCAGCAAAAAGUCCGCGACUGCGGCUCCUUCUUCGUCAUCUGCGCCGACCUCCGCAAACACAUGCUCAUCACACAGCGAGCAGGCAACGACUACAAGACUGGUCUCGAAGCCUUCCUCGUCGGCGCGGUCGACGCGUCGCUCUUCGCCCAAAACUUCACCCUCGCCCUCGAAUCCCUCGGAUACGGCACCUGCUACAUCGGAGGCAUCCGCAACGACCUCCCCAAACUCAACAACAUCCUCAACCUCCCGCAAGGCGUCCUCCCCCUCUACGGCCUCUGCUCUGGAACUCCAGACGAAUCCCCAAGCCAUCGCCCACGUCUCGCGCCCCAAGCGAUGCUCUUCGAGAACGAGUACCCAGACGACGAACAGAACCUCGCGCACAUCGAUCAGUACGACGAACUCUACAAGCAAUACCUCACCGACCGCGGCGCCCCGCCCGCGACUUGGUCCGAGUCGAUCGCAAAGAAAUACAGCUACGCCGCACGCGAAGGACUCGCAGACUUCUACGAAUCCAAAGGUGCGAAGCUCUGCUAA